AUGCCACCGAAGACGGAACCACGAAAAUGGAAGCCACCCAAGGGCCCAAAAAAUACGCCCCACAAGAACAAAAAUACCAUUGGGUUAGGAAGGAGCAUCAAGAAUUCCAAAAAUCAGGAAAAUAAAGUGUACUAUUUGCCCGACGGAGAAAUGCGCUUCACCACUGACAAGCAUGAAGAUGACUGGGUCAAAUUACGCUCGGUCACACAAGAGAAUGCGCUUGAUGAAUUUUUGAAUACAGCAGCUUUGGCAGAUAAAGACUUCUCCGCUGAGAGAUCUACAGGAAUCAAAAUUGUAAGUGUCAAUAAUCACACUGUGGACAGUGGUAAUUACAAUCCUUAUUUGCUUACGACUGAGGAAGAAAUCAAAAAGUUUCAAGUUCAAAGAGAGCAUAUUUCUGAGUUGCGAGUCCCAAGACGUCCUAGAUGGGAUAAAUUGAUGACCAAGCAUGAGCUUGAAAGGUUGGAAAGUGAAGCUUUUCUUGAGUGGCGGCGUAACCUUGCCCUGCUGCAGCAAAAUCAUGAUUUAUUGCUUACGCCAUUUGAGAGAAAUAUUCUAGUCUGGAAACAACUGUGGAGAGUGGUAGAAAGGUCUGAUUUGGUUGUUCAAAUUGUAGAUGCACGAAAUCCAUUGCUAUUUCGUUCUGAAGAUUUGGAAAAGUACGUGAAAGAGACAAAUCCCUUGAAACGAAACUUGUUGUUGGUCAACAAAGCUGAUCUAUUGACUUAUGAACAGAGAUUGGAAUGGGCUCGCUAUUUCAAAGCACAUAAUAUCAAGUACACGUUCUUCAGUGCAUACCUCGCAAACGAGAAUCUAGAGAGAGAAAGAGAAAAGUUUGAGCAGCGACAGACAGCUGUAGCGCAGGAAAUUGAGGUUCGCGAGAAUGCACGUUGUAAAGAUUCGGGUUCGGGUUUGUCCGGUGAGUCUGAUUUGGAGGACGAAGAGAAACAGGGAAUGGAUAAAUUGAAACAAGAAUUAAAAUCAUUGCAAGAGAAAUUACAUGACCAUAAUUUACAAUCUUCUACAGAGGUUCAUAAUGAGGAAAAUGCUGAGGAGCUGACUCGAAUCAUAACCGUGCAGGAGUUGGAAGAUUUGUGUCUUAGAGUUGCUCCAGAACCAUUGACUGAGCCGCUUGAAGGUCAACCUAGACGCCUCCAGAUUGGUCUAGUUGGAUACCCUAACGUGGGAAAGUCGUCGACUAUUAAUGCUUUGGUAGGCUCAAAGCGAGUGUCAGUGUCUUCGACUCCCGGUAAAACAAAGCAUUUUCAAACAAUUCUGCUUUCUGACAAAGUAAUCCUUUGUGAUUGUCCAGGUUUGGUUUUCCCUAACUUUGCAUACACCAACGCAGAUCUGGUUUGCAACGGUAUACUUCCUAUAGAUCAACUUCGUGAGUACACAGGGCCUAUGCAGUUGGUGGCGAAACGAAUUCCGAAGUAUUUCUUAGAGGCCGUUUACGGUAUUACCAUUGACACUCUACCUGUUGAGGAGGGGGGAACCGGGGUACCAAAUGCUCAUGAGGUCCUCAAUGCUUUUGCCAGAGCUAGAGGAUUUAUGACUCAAGGGUACGGUGCAGCCGAUGAAACUCGCGCUGCUAGAUACAUUCUCAAAGAUUAUGCCUCAGGGAAGCUUUUAUUCGUUGAGCCCCCUCCAAACGAAGAUGGCUCCAGAAAGGAUGACGAAAGCUCACGAAAAUUCAACGAAGGCUUAUACACAGUUCACAAUCUACCGGAGCAAAGAAAACAACAAGUCUUAAAUGCCAUGAAGGAUAAGAACAUUGAUAUUCAUGAUUUCAACCUGGCAAGAGAUUUACAAAAAUUAACUUUUUCCUCGCACCUUUCCGCGAAUGAUGCACUAACAGGGAACAAGCAUGCUCGUACGUAUGGUGGCAAACAAGCUGCUUUGGUCAGUUCUGCUGCUGAACUUGACAACGAAUUUUUCAAAAUGAAUGAAGUGAAAGGCAAUUUCCAGUCACCAUUUCACACUAAGGAUGGAAGUCUCAGAAGUGGUAAAAAACACAACAAAGCAAAUAAAAAGAAGGCAAAGAAACUCCAAAAGGCAGCAGUUGCUGCAUAG